CCAGGAGCAACUUCCUGUACGGACCGGAAGUAAACGUUGUGACAUCAGAGCGACGCAGAGGUCAGAAAUCCUCUCUCACAGCCAUCUUGGAUCCUGUGCCUCGAACUAUCCACAAUGCCAGGUGAAGCCACAGAAACUGUCCCUGUUACAGAGCAGGAGUUACAGCAUCCCCAAGCUGAGACAGGUGGGUACUGUUUAUAAAUGUGCAUGUCUGACAUCAAAUUGACCACGUUUACAUGGACAACAAUAUUCCACUAUUAACACCAUUAAGACAAUACUCUGAUUAAGAAUGUACCAUGUAAACGGAGCUUUUUGAGUGCCUUAAUCCAUCUAAAGUCAUAAUCGUAGUAAACACAAAUCGAAUUAAGAUGUGUGGAGUAUUCCUAUUUUAGUCGCAUUAUCGAAGUACAGUAUAGACAUGUACUCAUCUUAAUCACAUUAUUAUUGGCAUGUAGGACUUUUCGUGGCACUUUGCGACAGGAUACACACACGGCAGUGGUCAACUGUUUGACGGCAAACUAAAGAGCAUGGCUUCAAUGCUUGUUUUCUGAACGGGAAACGAGGAUAAUGUUAACAAUUCUUAAAGAAAUUGAUAUUAUGAAGUGCCUUGAUGGCCGUAAGAGCAGGAAUGGUGUUCUGGAGGGAAUAUGUAAAAUGGGGAUGUAAAAUGACGUAUGCCGUAUUAGGACGUACGCCGUAUUAGGACGUACAAUCGAUCUAUGUACCAUUACAUGUAAAUCGGGAACAUGAAAGGUAUAUUCUUAAAGCAACUAAUGUAAACACCUUAAUCAUAAUAUUGUCUUACUCAGAAUAAGGCAAAUCAUUAUUUUACUGAUGUCCAUGUAAAUGAAGUCACUUUGAGAGGGGUCCUGGAACUUUACUGUUGUUAUUUUAUCAGGUUUCUCAAUGUAAAGGAGCAAUUGGACAAUUGACCAGACCAGUUGUAGUGCCUUUGCACCUGUUUUGUCCAUUCAUGUUUUCAACCAGCUGCUGUUGGGACUUAAAGCAAGUUUCUCUGGUUGGGGUGGUGUCAUGUUUUUUGGGGUGGGAAUGAUGUUUGAGUCAGUUUUUCUCCACCUAAAGUUUUUAGGUCAGUGUGCUUGAGCCCCACCCUUGAUUAAAAUGACUAAAUUAAGCAGCAGAAAUACCUGUAACUUUUGGUAUUUUGAUUAUUUGGUUAAGAAACUUUAAUUAGUUAUGAACUAAUGAUACUGAGAUAUACUUGGUUUUGAAACAAAGUGAUCCAGGACCACCUCAUGGAUUGUGUUCUGACUAAAGUUGAGGUGUUGUUUUGGAAGCAUGUACAUUGAUGACUAUGUGCUGCAACAUGGUCAAGCUGAAUCUGCAUGAAUGUUUUGCUAACUUUUUACUAAACUUGAUCGAUCCUAGCUUUUACAUUAAAGAUCUUUUAUAUGGCGUAUUGAAAAAAUUGGUUGGAUUAAGUGUUUUUGUUUCUCUCUAGAGGAACUGAUUUUGUUAAGUUUGUCUUUUAAUCUUCAUGGGAGCAAGAAAAGAAGGUCGCAGUGUCUUGUAAGACACUGUUUAUGCAAAUUCUUUCUUAAACUUUAUUUUAAUGUUCAUCUAUAUUGUUUUGAUCAUGUGUUGAUCUACAGCAAGAGAAUGCUCCAAAUGUUAGUGACUUUGCUGCAUAGCGUAGUUAUUAAUUUUCAGGGGUAAGCUUACACUGGCCCUUGUUUACUUUUAUUGUAUGGACACAAAACUACUGAGAUGUUUCUCAAUCUAUUGUGAUUAGGGCUGAAACGAUUCCUCGAGUAACUCGAGAUAUUCGAAUACAAAAAAUCAUCGAGGCAAUUUUUGUUGACUCGAAGCCUCGUUUAAUCCAUUUAACUACAGUACACACUGAGCACUGCGUUUCCCCAAGGACCGUUAUUACUGACGCACAGCCCGCUAAACUCUAUUCAUGUUACAGGGCUCUCAAGUCUCCCGCAUUCACCGUGAGACACACGCACUUUAGUCUGUUCACAGGCUCACACAUAUUUCUCAUGCUGAUAAAUAACUGAUAGCUUAUUGAAAUGGUGAACUGCUAUUUUACUUGGUUUUAGUCUAUUUUGCGAGUGAAACUUGUUUUCCGGCUGCAUUGAGUCCAUAAAACUAGAUGCGCACUAGUGGAUGCCGAAUCAUGUUACUUACACGUUAUCUGUCUGUUCUGCGUGUCUGAGUGAAUGAACUGCACAGUUUAAUGUGCUACACGCGUGAUGCUCAUGAAUUUGUCUGCGCUUUAUGAGGACAUGAACACAUGAACUUCAUCUACAGAGUUGCUCUGAGAGUUUAUUUCAGACUAUUUUACUGAGUGAAGCUAACGCACUAAAAAAUAAGCGUCUUCCGACGAUCUGCCAAAAUAAAAGUCCGGGCAACUCUGUAUUUUUAUCUGGACAAAUAUAUUACUAUUUACUAUUAAAAAAGAAACUAAAACUGAUUUAGAUAAACUAAAUGCAUCAUGCAUAAGCUGAAGUUAGUUGUUUACCUUUGAAAUUAUUCUUUCUAUUUUUAUUCAUGUUUCUUAUUUAUAUAUUUGUAUUAUAUUGCAUUUUGAAUUUAAUAUGGCAAUGGAAUGUACUAAAUGGGUUUAGUUUUCACAGAUAUGAAUGUAUGCAAUUUCAGCAAUAAAUAUGUUAAUUUUUCAAAAAAGGAAACAAAUUAGUUGUUAAUUUUAAGAGACCUGUCUUAUUUUCUCUUGUAUAUUUAGUAUUGCUCUUUAAUAAAGAAAACGUACUUAUUAUCCAAAUACCCGAUUAAUCGAUGGAAAAUCAGUAGAAUACUCGAUUACUAAAAUAAUCGAUAGCUGCAGCCCUAAUUGUGAUCCACAGAACGAAGAGUCAUAAAGUGGUUUUGAAUGACAUAAGGGUGGAUAAACAGGGCUCUAGACUGCAACCAAAAGGGUCGCAAAUGCGAUCGUUUUUUUAUAACAUUGUUAUUUUCUGUUUUGUUCAUCUCUUAUUAUGCUUUAUUGUUUUUUAGUGGGAUAAUAUUACAAUUACAAUAUAACAGCUAAUGAUUUGCCUUCUAAGUAAUGUGUAUAUGUUGAAUUAUUUAUCUGUACAGAAGACAUGAAUAUGUCAGUGAUUGUUUUGAAGAGAUAUUUCAGAGGCGAAACAAAAUUUCCCCAUGUUUUACUUGCCCUCAAGUAGUGUUGUCAAAAAUAUCGAUAUUUCGAUAAGUAUCGAUACUGAAGAAUCUGAAACGGUUCCAAUACCCAUGUCCCACGUAUCGAUAUCAGCCGCGCGUUCCCGCUCUCUUUCUCUUUCCCGACAGUGAGUUAACGCACACUGCACGUGAACGCAUAACAACAGAGCCCCGCCUCCUCUCACAGACUUGACUCGUUUGUGGCAGUUAAAUCGUGUUUAUGUUAGAAAAGAUGGCCAGUCUCAGUAACACAUCUGGCGUGGUGCACGCUCGUUACGCUUCCCGUGUUUACCAUAGCGAUCCAUGUAUGUGCGCUGAUCAAUAAUUUUAUCCACUCGUUUCAUUCGCCCUGGUUAUAUGUUGUUUAUGUUAGUACAGAGUCUCCGCAACAGUUCUCAUGUUUAAUGCACGCGUUUCUGUCUUUAUGUGCGCUCAUCAAUGAUUUCAUCCACUCGUCUCGUUCGCUCCGGUUAAUUUGAUGUUUGAAAUAAUGCUGGUGCGAGUGAAGUCUCCGCAACAGUUCUCGCGUGUGAUACACAUUUGCACUCCAGUGUUUACCAUAGCGCUCAAUGUAUGUGUGCUGUUCAAUGAUUUCAUCCACUCGUCUCAUUCGCUCCGGUUAAAAGUUGUUAAUGUUAGAAAGAUGUCCAGUGCGGAGUCUCUGCAACAGUUCUUGCGUUUAAGUUUGCAUUUCUGUCUAUAUGUGCGCUGAUCAAUGAUUACAGUAUGGGCCUAUGUGAAUAAAAGCCAAUUUAGCCAAAUAAAAAUGUAGGCUAUUAAAUAACAUUAAUGAACAAUGAAUGAGCAAUACAUGUGUUCAAGUAUUUAUUAAUCUCUUUUAAAUGUUAGUUAAAAAAUACAACUAUUUAUGUAAGCUCCCCUGUUGAAAAAUCCAGUAUAUGCUGGGUAAGGUAUGUUUUAAUCGAUGCUGGUUUGAUCUUAAACCAGCUAAGAACCAUCUUAAAUCAGCAUAUGAACAGUUUAAACCAGCACAAACCAGCAAACCAGCAUCAACACAUACCAAACCAGCAUAGGCUGGUUUUUUCAACAGGGUCUGGUCCAUUAAUACUGACAAAUACAACUUUGAUUUUAAAUAGUAAAUGUAUUCGUAAAAUUAACAUUAGAUUAACAAUGAAUAAAUAAUGUAAAAAUAUAUACCUCAUUGUCUAGUCUUGUUCAAUUUUACUUCAAAUAAAAUUUAAAAAGGCCUAUAUUGCUAUUGCUUAUUAGGGCCUUAUUGCUAUGGCAGUUUAUUCCCCGUGGUAUCGAAAAUGGUAUCGAAUAUCGAUAUUUUUUUAGGUAUUGAAUCGAAGUUAGAAAUUCCAGUAUCAUGACAACACUAGCAGGCAGUAUGGCUGGCUCUUCGCCACUUCCUGCCGGUCUUACGGGACCGCCACGUCUUAGUCCGAUCAGACAGCAUGACAGUGGUGUCCUACAUAAAUCACCAGUGAGGCCUCUCCUCAAGACACUUUUUCUCCCUGGUACUUUGCCUCUUGGAAUGGGCUCAGUGCAAUCUGCGCUCACUAAGGGCAACUCAUGUGCCAGGCAGACUGAACCAGGGAGCAGAUAUGCUAUCUCGGAGCAACGUCCCUUCAGAGGAAUGGACGCUCCACCCCGAGUCGGUUCAGAAAAUUUGGGAAGUCUUCGGCAAGGCAGAAAUCGACCUUUUUGCCUCAAAAGACAACACUCAUUGACCAACCUACUUUUCGAAGGACAGGGAUGCCUUGGCCCACAACUGGCCCAACCGGCUCCUCUAUGCCUUCCCCCCGAUCGCUCUCAUACCACAGACGAUCAGGAGGAUCAGAGAACAGGCGCACAAGGUGCUGUUCGUAGCCCCACUCUGGAAGAACCAGCCUUGGGUUGCGGAACUGUCUCAGCUGCUCGUAGCAGCCCCGUGGCCUAUUCCCCUGAGACGGGACCUCCUCUCUCAGGCAGGCAACACGAUUUGGCACCCCCAACCAGAGCUGUGGGCUCUGCACCUUUGGCCUCUCGACGGGAGCCUACGGUCCUCCCCGAGAGUGUCAUGAACACAAUAUCACAGGCUAGACCUCCGUCUACUGGACGACUCUAUAACCUCAAGUGGUCUGUCUUCUCCACCUGGUGUACAACCCGCGGCGCAGACCCAGAAUCCUGUGACAUAUCACUAAUUCUGUCCUUCCUGCAAGAGCUGUUGGAUAAGGGCCGCUCCCCUUCCACGCUCAAGGUCUAUGUGGCAGCAAUUGCAGCUUCUCAUGCCCCCAUAGCGGGCCAAGGAGUGGGAAAGAAUGACUUGGUCAUUCGUUUCUUGAAGGGUUCCAGGCGGCUACGCCCUCCUCGCCCCCUCACCGUUCUCAUAUGGGAUCUGCCCACGGUGUUGAGAGCUCUGAAGGGCCCUUCCUUCGAGCCUCUGCAGUCUGCGGACCUCCGUCCCUUAACGCUUAAAACCGCUCUGCUGCUAGCAUUAGCAUCGGUAAAAUGUGUGGGCGAUCUACAGGCGCUCUCUGUGAGCCCCUCCUGUCUUGAGUUUGGGCCUGACAACUCUAAGGUAGUCCUCAAACCUAGACAUGGUUACGUACCUAAGGUGCUCUCUACUCCAUUUAGAGCACAGGUAGUGACACUUUCUGUGCUCCCCUCCUCCGAGCAGGACCCGGAGCUGAAUCUGUCCAGUCAGAGCGCUUAA